AAUGAACAUCACUAACCGUGGUCGAAAAAACACAAUGAGGCGUAGGAAACAUUACUUAAUUGGUUCAAUUAAACGUCCAGUGAAUGUAUGCGUCGACCUUAUACUAAAUUGGCUAUUGAAUGUUUAUGAUCGUAUGCGGCGUGGUACAAUUCGUGUUCUUUCAUUUAAGGUGGCACUGGCCUUGAUGUCAAUGGCAAAUUUAGAUGAAAAAUAUCGUUAUCUUUUCAGUUUGAUAUCUGAUCGUGACGGUUGUGUAGACGAACAACGAUUGGGUGCUUUACUUUACGAGUGUGUACUUAUUCCACGUAAUCUUGGUGAAACUGGACAUUUAGGCAAAGAAGAUUUCAAUCAAUGCGUAAAAUCCUGUUUUCAACAAGUCCUUGAAAUUUCUAAACACGCAGACAAAAUGGAUGGAACACUAAUGUAUCAUUCUAAACCAUCAGCAAGGAUUGCGCAUUUCUUGACCUGGCUUCGUUUAAAUCCUCAAACGUUAACGUGGCUGCCGUUGCUUCAUCGUCUUGCACUAUCUGAACAAGUCAUCCAUCAUAUUCGAUGUAGUGUAUGCCAUAAUCAGCCUUUGGUUGGAUUAAGGUACCGUUGUCUUAGAUGCCUAAAUUUCGAUAUGUGUCAGCAAUGCUUUUUCGCUGGAAGAACAGCUAGGAACCAUAAGCUCACUCAUCCGAUGCAAGAGUACUGUAGUCAUUCUACUUCAACAGACUCAUUUCGUGAUUUUACAAGGAUUGUGAGAAAUCGUUUUCGAUCCAGAGAUCGGUUGAAUGAAGAGGCAGAAUGUCGCAAAUUAAAUUCAAAUGGUCAAAAAGUUCGUCGGUCUAGCACAAGUCGGACACGAUGUAAACGUCACAGUCUGAGUAGUUUCGAUGAAGACAAGCCUCGUCCAGCACCAAUGUACAGUCAAGGCCCAUUCUCUGACUUUGCAGAAUAUCAAAAUUUAGAUACUCCAACCAGUGCCGAAAAGCAAUACGCCUAUCAUAGUCCUGAAUCAAACACACAGUCAUUUGAAAAUCAUUACACGAAAGAGACAGCUGAUAAUAAUACUAAUAAUAAUGAUAACAGUCAAGGCCAACACUUUUCGCAGACGUGUAGACCACUAUCUAACUUAGCUAUGCCAUCAACUCAGUAUUCAAUGCCACCACGAGCAGCCUCCGAUACUCAGUCUACAAUGGCUAGACAGAACAACAUAAAUGCGAAUUUGUUUACUACAACCCCUUCACCACAACCACCAAAUUUAGGCUCAAGAUUAAAAAAUGAAGCAAAUUAUCACUAUGGUCCUACUGCUGAACGCACAAAUCAAUAUCAGGGUGAUAAUGAGGAGGAACAUAAGUUAAUUGCACGUUACAGUCAAGAAUUAAGGCAACACAGUGAACCUGAAUUGCCUCAUGAUCAACAUGCAUCCGUGCUUCAAUCAAUGUCUUGCUCUACGGGGCCGAUGCUGAUGGAAAGAUCUACAAUAUCAGAUGGUGUAUCAAGUAAUGUUCCUGGAAUGGAACCAGAGCCUAUACAACCAUUUAUUAGUGGACACCUAAGUUUAGAUCGAAGACAGGCCGAUCGUGGAAUAGGCCUCCCUCAAAUAGGAACAGGCAAUCCUGCACUACGUGGUUCCUUUUCUGGAUGGACAGCGCGAGCUUUGAAUAAUGCUUCACGUAUGGAUAAUCAGUACGGUCCAACUAGUUAUUUACAUCAAGGACCUUACCAAACUUCUCUAUAUCCAGAUGGUAAUACAGAUGUUUAUAAUACACGUCAUAUUCAGCGUACAUUCUCACUGAGAGCAAGAUCACAACCUCCACCUGAAAUUCAAGAAGCUAUGUGGAGACCUGUAGGAAGCACAAAUAUGCUUUAUAGAUCACCAGCCUACCAAACAAACUACGCGAUUCAACAUCAGCAACAACCUUAUGGACAAAUACAACAGACUGUUCGAUCACUGGAAGAUGAACAUCGAGCUUUGCAGUAUGAAUAUGAUCGUCUCAGACAGAAGUCUAUAACGCCUACUAAUAUAUCAGCUUCGUAUGGUACAAUGAAUCGAAUACAAUAUGCCCAGCAGCGUGCUAGUACCAGUGCCAGAAUACCAAAUCCAAAUCUGCUACUCUAUCCUCAACCUUACCAACCAACAGAAACAGGACGUGUAAAUAGCAGUAUACACAGAACUAUAACCCCAACUAAUUCACCAUGUAGAACACUAUCCAUGAGUAGUGGUCACUUUUCAUCUGGUCAAUUGUAUUCAGGCAUCGUUCCUUCAUCAACCCAAAAUGUACCUGGUGCGAAUUUCGGACGAGUAAAUAGUUCCUUUAACGAUCUCGGCUACACUGUCGACCAAUACGGUUCUGAAAUGCGUGGUGCGUCGCAUAAAUAUUCAGGACAUAUGAAUGAAGCAGUAAUGGUUGGCGGCGUAGCCAAUGAAGCACAUCAGGAAUCCCGAUUAUUGUGGGAACAUAAAGGUCGUUUAGAAGCGAGGAUGGUUAUGCUUGAAGAACACAACCGACAACUGGAACAACAGUUGCAACGCCUGCGUCAGUUUCUUGUAAGUGGCAGUUCUGCGUCUGACGCUAUUCCGCUGUCCAACACACAUCCGAUAGGUGAAUAUGUGGUUGGAAGGGCAGGUAAUGAAAACCAAAUGAGCUUGCGACAGCGUUCUUCAUCCGGUGGUAUCAAUAAAAGUGAUCCCAGAAGUUGUUCAGGAAGUGUAGGUCAAUUAGCUGAAACACCUGUUGAGCAUAAUCAGCCUUAUUCUUCUGCCAGACAGAGUACACAAAGAUCAUUCUCAGAAAGGUCUUCAGGUAAUCCGCUUCAAACUGUCUCACAUCCAAUGGUUGAUGAUAUACUUACAGAUACUCAACAACCGAAACCACGUAACAGAGAUAACUUUCUACAACGAAAACCCUCUGAUGUAGAGCAGUAGAAAACCAAUCGGAAAGCAAUUUUAUAAAAGAGACAAACGACUGGAGCAAAAGUGGAAGAACAAUAAACAACGGUUGUGCUUAUUUAUUUCCUUAUUUAUUGAUUUGCUGCAAAAAUAUUCCCAUAUUUCUGUUAUUCUUUCAUUUAUAUGUAAUCACAAACUUUAGAAACUGAAUUCGGACUGAUCCGGUACUUUAAUUUCAGAUAGUCAGUCAAUCAAUCAGUCAGUUUUAUUCAUAUAUAUAUAUAUAUAUAUAUAUAUAAGUGAUUGCUGAACUAUUCACUCGACGU